AUGGCCAUCAUUGGCAUGUUCUUCCAGGACGGUUUGACAGGCUCUGCCUGGGGUGAUUGGGCCAACUACACUGACUCCCCUCUGCGAGCAUUCGAGGAUGAGACUGGCGUGCAGCCCCCCGUCGGCUUCUGGGAUCCCCUCGGCCUGUCGGCAAGCGGCAACGUCUCGGACUUCAAGCGCCGACGUGAGGUCGAGCUGAAGCACGGACGCGUCGCCAUGUUCGCCACCAUCGGCUACAUCCUGCCAGAGUACUGGAGGUUCCCGGGAUACCUCUCCAAGUACCUGGACAUCAAGUUCGCGGACGUGCCCAAUGGCCUGAGCGCUUUCUCCAAGGUGCCCGCCUUCGGCUGGCUGCAGAUCGUGGGAUUCGCCGGCAUCGUGGAGGUGAACAUCUACAACGAGCAAGUCAAGGAUGAGCCCGGCAACUACGGCGCCGGUUUCCUCGGAUUGAGGUCCAUCGGCAUCAUGAACACCGGCAUCGAGGACCCAGAGACGCGAAAGAAGAAGCUCAAUGCGGAGUUGGCCAACGGACGUCUUGCCAUGUUUGCCAUCAUUGGCAUGUUCUUCCAGGACGGGCUUACUGGCUCUGCUUGGGGUGAUUGGUCGCUGUACACCGCAUCGCCUCUCCGAGCCUUCGAGGGUGAGCUUGGCGUCCAGGCGCCCGUGGGAUUCUGGGAUCCUCUGGGACUCUCGGCGGAUGGCGACGCCGAGGUCUUCAAGCGACGCCGUGAGGUGGAGCUGAAGCACGGACGUAUCUCCAUGUUCGCCACCAUCGGCUACAUCGUGCCGGAGUACUUCCGCUGGCCUGGAGAGCUCUCCCCGAAGCUCGGCCUGAAGUUCACGGACAUCCCCAAUGGCCUCGCUGCUUUGACGAAGGUGCCAGGUCAGGGCUGGGGGCAGAUUGUGGCCUUCCUGGGCACCUAUGAGCUCUUCAUCAACAAGCCGGUUGGCGAUGAGCCUGGCAACUACGGCAAGGGCAACCUGGGUCUGGGCUUCCUGCCCUCUGUGGCCGACCCCGAGGCGCGCACUCGCAAGCUCUCGGCGGAGCUUGCAAACGGACGCCUUGCGAUGAUGGCCAUCAUCGGCAUGCUCUUCCAGGAUGGCCUGACCGGCUCUGCCUGGGGUGACUGGGCCCUUUACACCGACUCGCCCCUGCGCGCCUUCGAGCAGGAGCUGGGUGCUCAGCCACCUCUCGGAUUUUGGGAUCCCGUCGGAUUCACCAAGGACGGCAGCGCCGAGAACUUCAAGCGACGCCGCGCCGUUGAGAUCAA